GUUCAGCUAGCCCGACCCGGAGCCGCGUACCCUCUCCUCGCCGUACUGAUAGGUGGUGUGACGCAUGAGACCCGGUGACGGCCGUCUGCCGAGCAUCCGUCGUUCGUGCUCGUUCCUGAUCGGUCAGUACCAGUAGUACGCGCGGUUGGUACGGUGCGUGCGAUUCGAGGUAGCUGUAACUCGCGCAGCGCAUGAGUGUACGCGAAUCUUCACCGUUCGCGCUCUCCGUCUCACUCGCUGUGUCUCGUGUCGUCUCACCCCCUUCCCCUCUGUCUCAUCCGUGUCGUAUCGUCUCUCUGUCUCCUUCACGGCGGGACGGGACAGCCCGCGAAGGAUGACCGACUCUAAAAUCGAGAUGCAUUACACCCCGCCGACGUCGGACACCAUCCAGACGAAGCCGUUCCCGAUCCGAGGUGAACGGGCGAAUUUCGUGAACAAGCCUCAUGUGAUCGCGAUGGUCGGUCUGCCGGCUCGCGGCAAGACCUACAUAUCCAAGAAGCUGUGCCGAUACCUCAAUUGGAUCGGCAUCAACACGAAGGUCUUCAAUCUGGGCGAGUACAGGCGGCACGCCACCACGGCCUAUCAGUGCCACGAGUUCUUCCGUCCUGACAAUAUAAAGGCUAUGGCGAUACGCACGCAGUGCGCGAAGGACGCCCUGAACGACGUCUGCCAGUGGCUGGAGAGCGGCGACGGCGAGGUCGCCGUCUUCGACGCCACCAACUCCACUAGGGAAAGACGCCAGCUCAUACGCGACAUCGUCGUGCGCAAGAUGGGAUUCAACCUCUUCUUCGUCGAGUCGGUAUGCAACGAUCCGGAGAUCGUCGAGCAGAACAUUAUGGAAGUGAAAGUCAGUAGUCCAGAUUACGCGAAUAUGAAGAAAGAGGAUGUGCUCGCAGAUUUUAUGCUACGAAUUGAGCACUAUCAGGAGCGGUAUCAGCCAUUGGACGAAGAGCGCGAGAGUGAUCUGUCGUUCAUGAAGAUAUACAACACUGGCGAGAAGGUGCUAGUCCAUAAGCACGAAGGCCAUAUACAAAGUAGAAUAGUUUACUAUCUUAUGAACAUUCAUAUUGUGCCACGCACGAUUUACUUGACCAGGCAUGGUGAGAGUCUGAUGAAUCUCGAGGGCAGGAUAGGCGGCGAUUCGGAUUUGAGUGAGCGAGGUCAUGAAUAUGGCAAGGCAUUGGCAGACUAUAUUACUAGUCAGAAUAUACAGGGUUUGAGAGUUUGGACUAGUUGGCUAAAGAGGACCAUUCAGACCGCGGCUGAUGUAAAGGCGCCGCAGGAAAGGUGGAAGGCUCUCAACGAAAUUGAUGCCGGUAUUUGUGAAGAGAUGACUUAUGAAGAAAUCGCCUCGAAAUACCCCACGGACUUUGCCGCGAGAGAUCAAAACAAGUUUUCGUAUCGUUAUCCGAGGGGAGAGAGUUACGAAGAUCUCGUUGCACGUCUGGAGCCUGUGAUAAUGGAGCUGGAACGUCAGGGUAAUGUUUUAGUCGUCAGUCAUCAAGCUGUUCUACGUUGUUUACUCGCUUAUUUCUUGGACAAGAGUGCAGACGAAUUACCAUAUUUAGAAGUUCCUUUGCAUACCAUUAUGAAAUUAACACCGGUUGCUUACGGGUGCAAGGUGGAGAACAUUCGAUUAGGAGUAGACGCUGUGGAUACUCAUCGGCCGAAACCAAAGAUCCCGGGAUAUCUGGAAGAGCGAUUUCGAGGGAAGGGAAAGGUGCUACGUACGUGAUAACAACGAAUUUCGUAAAGAAUGGCGCAGCUAUUCUCUACCGUUGAUAUACCGAGGCGCUGAAGCAGCAUAGAUUUGGCAGCUGGCUGCCGCCCGCCCCUUCUCGCGCGCGUGAAUCGCCGAGUCCUUUUCUUCCCACGUGUGUCAAAAGCAAGCUAGAGACGAAGCGCGAGGCAGUGUACUCUAUGAAACCUGUAGACCCGAACGGGAAGGAACUUCCGCGACGAGACGCAGGUUUUGGGUGCGUUCGGGGAGACGCUAUUAGCGCUACCAGCAUCAGUCUAUCUUCAUUACUCAUUAAAAGUAGAACAAGGAUAGACUGAUGCUGAUAGCACUAAUAGAGUCUCCUCGAACACACCCUGAAUGUGUGACGAUUGCAUACACGCUGCGCGCGUAUGUCUUGUGAUUUUUAUAUUUUUUGAUUGGCGUCUAGGUAGGUAGCAAGUAGAACAAGGAUGAUACAGGGAUGAUCGUCGACGUGAAAAGUGUCUGGUGAACGCGUGUUACACGCGUCUUUUAGAUGACAGAAGAUUUUUUUUUCUAGGCAAUCGUCUGGACCCGCGCGUUUUCCAAUCAGCGCAUGCUUUGAAGUAUUUGCUUCUUGCCAGAGAAAAAUUUUCUCCUGAUAGACAAUACUUGCGACAUAUAUAAUGAUUUCAAGCAGAAUCCUAUAUAGUAUAUGUAUAUCCUUUCGGCAGAUACUUCGAAGCGCUCGCUCGUGAAAUUUGAAAGCAAGCGUAUGCUUCUUUUUACAUCCAUAUUAAAAAAUUUUACAUCCAUAUUUCACAUUAUCUUAGCACUGUCGUCGGAUGCUUUUUUUUAUAGAGCUACUCCGAGACGACUCCAAGUAUCGUAAAAUCGUGACGUUGGUAAUACUACUCGACUACUGUAAAAGUAUCGGGAUAUGGUGUAAUAUCUUAGAAUCUGCGAUACUACUUCCUAUCAAGUUAAUACGUUGCAAUUCAGUCCAUUGUUUAAUAUAUACGUUGCGAUCUUGUAUAUUAAAGUAGCUGAGUUACGGAUUUCGAUUAUGGAUAUAUGUAUCUCUCUCGAUCGAUGAGAAACAUAUAAUAAAUAACACAUGCAAUUUUA